CCUCUCAUACGGAUACGGUUCUCUGAUUCACGGUUUCUCUGUCUUCCUUUUUCUUUUUCUCUCUCUCAUAGGGUUCGAGAAUCUCAAUUUCUAAGCCUCCAUUGAUUCCUUUGCGAUCGUGAUCCAUCACUUUUACCUGGCGAAGAUGGAGAAUACGAGCUUCGUGUCCUGCGAGAAGCUCGAUCGUAUGGCGAAUUGGCUUGGCACGAGCGUCGCCUCGGCGUUCUUCGCUUCUCUGGAGCGGUGUUCCUGCAUAAACCUGAGUACGAACGACUCCGACGAAGAUGAGGAGGCGAAGGAUCGGCCCCUAAUGUUCACUAAGCCGAUGAUCCACGACGGGCCUGAGGAGAACGCUUAUGCCGACAAGCUUCCGCCCGUUUGAAGCUAUUCUAUUCCAUUUCACUCCUACUUUUUGUUUAGGGUAAACUGUUGUUGUUUUUCUGGUGUUCGGUUGGCGGCGAUACAUUUUUAUAAGAAUUGAUUUCUCUGUAUAAUUUCUCGUUUGGUGUUAUUUUUUUUCCAGGUUAUGAUGAAUUCUUUUACUUUUAAA